UUAUUUAUUUUUGUCGAAAGACGGACAUUACUGUGACGUCUCGCGACUUUUCAACUUGUCAUUGCUGCUUUUUUUCCUCUCUCUGCUAUGUUAACUUUACUGCAUCGGUGAAGUUCCAUACCCCGUUUCCAGGUGUUAUGAAUGACUAUGAGGUUGUCCGGCAGAUCGGAGAAGGUGCGUUUGGGACAGCCUUACUCGUCAGGGACAAACGGGGAGAUGGAGGCCGGAGCUGCGUGGUGAAGCAGAUCGGUCUCGGGAAGAUGUCAGCGAAGGAGAAAGAAGCCUCUAAGAAAGAAGUGACUCUCCUGUCACAGAUGAAACACCCAAACAUUGUUUCGUUCAUCACUACAUUUCAAGAGAAGGGCAGCCUGUACAUAGUGAUGGAGUACUGCGAUGGAGGAGAUCUGCUGAAGAAGAUCAGCAUGCAGAGAGGAAUUCCCUUCUCUGAGGCGCAGAUUGUGGACUGGUUCACCCAGAUCUGCCUGGGCCUCAAGCACAUCCACGACCGGAAGAUUCUUCACAGAGACAUCAAAUCUCAGAAUAUCUUCCUAACCAGUGGAGGGAUGAAAGUAAAGCUGGGGGACUUUGGUAUCGCAAGAAUUUUGAAUAACACCCUGGAGAUGGCCAGGACUUGUGUCGGGACGCCAUACUACCUCUCACCAGAGAUCUGCGAGAGUCGGCCCUACAACAACAAAACAGACAUCUGGUCGCUGGGUUGUGUCCUGUAUGAACUCUGCAGCCUGAGGCAUCCAUUUGAGGGCAACAGCCUGAGGCAGCUGGUCAGCAAAAUCUGCAGAGGCCACUACGCGCCUGUCCCCGGUCGCUACUCCCACGACCUUCGUCUGCUGGUCACCCAGCUCUUCAAGGUCAACCCUCGAGACCGUCCCUCAGUGAGCUCGGUCCUCCGACGUCCAUUUUUAGAAAAACACGUCAGUAAACACGUCAACGCUCAGACGAUGCAGGGGGAGUUAAACCACGCAGCUUCCCAUCGAAACGGAGCAGCAGCUGCAUCAGACGCUGCUAAAAUAAGAACAGGAGCAUCGAAACCGGCAGAGAAGAUGCAGAAGGCGAGAGCAGCAGAGAGGCCGGGGGCAGCAGGCGGGAAACCCGCCGCCAAACCGGACCACAGAGCGCCGUUCAGAGUGGUCGCCGCUCCCUACAAACCUCUUCAUCACAAAGCAGCCAAACCAGCCGCAGACGGAGCGUUUGCAGGGAUUCAGAACUGCAGGUUGGAUGGGAGGCAGGCUGACAGCCACUACCAGCACUAUUACGCCCAACUGGAUGUCAUUCAGUGGAGGAAUAAGGACAUUCCUGCUGGUGUUGCUCCACCUUCAGCUCCUGAUCCUGCGGUUCUGGAGCGAGUCACGGAUGUGAACCUGCAGUACUGGGAACAAGAGGGUCCACUUGUGGAACCAUACCAGCUUGUGGCUGCAGCUCGUAACGAGUACCUGCAGAGGAAACACGAGGCCAACCAGUAUAAACUGAGAGCGGAAAAACAGCUGGGUCUGCGGCCGUGCACAGCUGAGAGUAAAAGGAAGCCAGAUGGCCAGGAGCAGGAAGUUGAACUACCUGACAACCAGCACUUUCCUCAAGACAGAAAAUAUGAGGGGCAGCAGGAGUAUCUGCGUCAGCUGGAUCACAUCAGGCAGCAGUAUCAUCAGGAGGUGAGACAGAUGAGACAGAAAGCUGAAUCAGAGCCACAAGAUAAACAAAGAACCUUUGUGGUGGAAAAAGCGCGAGAGCCGGAGCCCGCCUCGGAUACUGAAGAGCAGCAGAAAGAAACACCUGCUCAGGACACGGACGCAGUUCUGAGGCAGAUCAGAGAAGAAAACGAGGGAAAUUCUCAGAAAAAGGCCAAAGAUAAGAAGGGAAUCAUGUUUGAAAUCCGGCUGGAUGAAGAAGAAACGAAGGAGGAGAAGAAAAACGAAGAGAAGCAGGAAGUGGACCCUCUCAAUCGUACGCUAAGCUUCCAGGAAGGGGAGGCGCUAAAGCUCAAAGACUGGUCAAAGGAGAGAAAGGGGUGGAGCCAAAGGACCCCUCAGACUCUGCUGGACGCCCUGGCCAAUAUGGACGUCAACUCUGCUUGUAGCACAGCGGCUGAGCCUUUAGAAGCAGGCCGCAGGCAGUGGACCAGCGGCCCCCCCAGCUCCCUGCUGAACGCUCUGGCUCAGGCUGAACUCACACCAAGUCUGGACACAGCGUUAGACGCUACGCAGGGAGAGGAGGAGAAGGGGAAACAAGGAGAAGAGGAAGAGGACUCGGACAUAGAGAUGGAUGAAGAGCGUCUGGAGUCGAGGUCUGAUGAUGAUGACACGAAUUUUGAGGAGUCGGAGGACGAGCUGAGAGACGCCGUGGCGGACUCCAUGAGGAACCUUUACGUCAUGGACGACUCGAGCUCUGGAGGAAACACGCCGGAGGAGGGUGAAGAAGCAGAGAGGAAGGACGGAGGAGCGGACAGCUCUUCAGGUCAUCAGCAAGCCCAAGCAGAGAUCAGCAGUUCAGGGUAUGACGGUUCACCAAACGGAUGUUUCUAGUAAAUCUGAAGAGUCCCAGACAGACAGGAGCGCAGCUUUAGACAAGCAUCAGGCUGGAAUGAUUCAGUGGUUUGUUAACAGAUGGAUUAUUCUGAAUGAACUGCCUUAAAAUGUGUGAAAGAAGUGAAAGUGUUCACUCUGAAUUUACAUGACUCACGAAGCCUUAUCUAUGUAUUCAUGUGAUACAUCUGGACUAAAAUAGUUGACAAACCUGAUUUUAAGUGAGCAAUAAUAUAAAUGUAGUUUUAAGAAUGUAAAAAAUCUUUAUUUACUAAAAAAAAAAAAACAAAUAAAAAGAAAUUUGUGGCCUACCUGUCAUUUAGUUUUCCAUCACCACCUCUGAUACCAAACACAAAGGGAGACACUGAAUGUAACCAUGAUUGUUAUCAGUCACAGAUUGUGAAAUAUAUUUAAUGUUCAGCACUUUUCAAGUUCAUUUUGACUACUAUUGUUUGAGAGAAAAGCACCUUUCAGUGGAAUAUAUAAUCAAUUUUACAACUUUUCA